UCCGCGGCCAGUGAGAGAGGCGAGGGAGCUCCAGCUCUGCCUGUAAGGUCUCGGAAGUAGGAGGCGGAGGGUAGGAAAAACGGAGGGCCAGACUGCUGUGGCUGCGGUGGAGACGAGAAACCAGGAAGAGGGUCGCCUUCCACUCGGCGACCGUAAGCGAAGCAGCGGAAGGCGAGCGCAGACAUCAGCAGCUGCCCCCUAAAUCCCCCCCUUCGUCUUGGCGGAAGCGGGAGACGGAGAGACGCGCGCAGCAGGGGCGGGACUGGAGAGGGGCCCCCACGCGCGGAUCUCGCGAGAGCGCUAGAGGGCGGGAGCGCUAUCCGAGCAGGAUGCGGUUCGUGGUUGCCUUGGUCCUCCUGAGCGUCGCAGCGGCGGGAGCCGUGCCGCUCUCGGACACCGGAAGUGUCAAGCAAGAAGAAGCUGGAGUACGGCCUUCUACAGGAAACGUCUCCAUCCACCCCAGCUUGAGCCAACGGCCUGGAGGCUCUACCAAGUCGGAGCUGGAGCCGCAGAUUCCAAAAGGCAGCCCUGGCAAGUCGGAUCCGGAGCCGCAGACUCCAAAAGACAGCCCUAGCAAGUCGAGUGCGGAGGCGCAGACCCCAGAAGACAGCCCCAACAAGUCGGGUGCGGAGGCAAAGACCCCAAAAGACAGCACUAGCAAGUCGGGUUCGGAGGCGCAGACCACAAAAGACAGCACUAGUAAGUCGGCUCCGGAGCCGCAGACUCCAAAAGACAGCACUGGCAAAUCGGGUACAGAGGCGCAGACCCCAGAAGACAGCCCCAACAAGUCGGGUGCGGGGGCAAAGACCCAAAAAGACAGCCCUAGCAAGUCAGGUUCGGAGGCGCAGACCACAAAAGAUGUCCCUAAUAAGUCGGGUGUGGACGGCCAGACCCCAAAAGACGGCUCCAGCAAGUCGGGUGCGGAGGAUCAGACCCCAAAAGACGUCCCUAACAAGUCGGGUGCGGAGAAGCAGACUCCAAAAGACGGCUCUAACAAGUCCGGUGCAGAGGAGCAGGGCCCAAUAGACGGGCCUAGCAAGUCGGGUGCAGAGGAGCAGACCCCAAAAGACGGCCCUAACAAGGUGGUUCCAGAGCAGCCUUCCCGGAAAGACCAUUCCAAGCCCAUCUCCAACCCUUCUGAUAACAAGGAGCUCCCUAAGGCUGACCCAAACCAGCUUGCUGACAAAGGGAAGCUUUCUCCUCAUGCUUUCAAAACCGAAUCUGGGGAGGAAACUGACCUCAUUUCUCCCCCGCAGGAGGAAGUUAAGUCUUCAGAGCCUACUGAGGAUGUGGAGCCCAAAGAGGCUGAAGAUGAUGAUACAGGACCCGAGGAGGGCUCACCACCCAAAGAAGAGAAAGAAAAGAUGUCUGGUUCUGCCGCCAGUGAGAACCGUGAAGGGACACUUUCGGAUUCCACGGGUAGCGAGAAGGAUGACCCUUAUCAGAGCGGUUCUGGAAGUGCCAGCGCGGAGAGCAGCCACUUCUUUGCAUAUCUGGUGACUGCAGCCAUUCUUGUGGCUGUCCUCUAUAUCGCUCAUCACAACAAGCGGAAGAUCAUUGCUUUUGUCCUGGAAGGAAAAAGAUCUAAAGUCACCCGGCGGCCAAAGGCCAGUGACUACCAACGUUUGGACCAGAAGCCUGGCUGCCUGUGUUGCUUUCAGUAGCUGGGCCAUUGCUGGGAACACUCUGUUGCCUCCCUGCGCUGUCUCCUGCUGUGCCAUUGUCUGGAAUGCCCUGCAGCCUGCCUCAACACAAUGAAGUAAUCUUCUUACCAGUCGAUGCCCUGACUCCUGACAUCACCCUUCCCUGCCCUGCGUCACCUUUCCCUUUUGGAGGAUAAGGCUUGAUUGAGGCUCAGAUACCGAGCUCCCUGAAGGUGCCUUGACGCUGGCACAUCGAGAACCAGAUGCCACCCCGAUGAUACGGAAGACAGACCCGGGACUUCCAUAUGAAUUGGAUAUGAUCAUCUGACAUGCACCCUACUAACUAAUGGAUCCUGCUGUUACCCCAAAACUCCAGAACAACACUGGGCUGGACACAGGCAUUUCCUGUUCCCUGAAGAGCCACUGAACCUAGCACAAAAGAGAUCUAGAACUCUCCAAACCUAUGGAAUGGCAACCAAAACCAUGCCCAGGUUUUGAGUUAAGCCUCAUUAGUCUCCCUUUUCCCUUGAUAGUGUAGAGCUGUGCAGCGCAGCACUAAGUGAAUGAGAGCAGGAGCCUCAGGACAGAACUGAACCCACCAGCUUGAGCUGACAACACUGCCAGGGGUUCUAUCCACCGACGGAAUAUUCGCUUUGAUCACUGAGUUAGGAGGCAUGGGUGAGGGAUGCAGAGUGCCGCUCGUCAUGAGACAUCAAGCUAUCCAAGUCAAUAUCCUAUUAGUGGGGAUGGCAUAUUAUAGAAGGUGUAAAGAGCUCACCUGCCCCAGCUGGAAGCAAUGAUUCCAUUGCCCCAGAUUCGGAAUUGUGAUUUAAACUAGGCCUCUCUUCAGGCAUCAGAACCAAAUUAGAGUGCAAGGAACUAAUGCCCCAGCCAUUGGGCAAAUUCCUCUGACUGCUCCCUGAUGGAACUAAUUCUUCUGUGCCCAGAUCCUAGAAUCAAGAUCCUUAAGGUCUGAGUACAAGUUCCACUUCAGGAUGGCGCUGCUGCACAGCAGGCCACCUUGCAGGGCCCCGAGCAGCCCACAGGUGAAGAUAUCCUGGCCUAGGAGGCAAGAGCAGAGGCCCCUGAGCGUGCACCCAGGCAGGCCCAGGGGAGGGUGGGGCCCUGGUGCUCUUCCCUCCACGUGAGGGCCACCCAGAGCUGGCUCCAAUCAGGACCGGGGCCACAGCCUGCCCAGGCAGCCCUGCUCAGGGGAUGGGAGGCUGCAGGGGACAGCAGGGCCUGAGGGCAGGAACAGAGGACGUUGGGCGACAGGAGCUCAGGGUCUCAGGUCCUGACAACAUGGGGCAGUGAGUAUACCUGUCAGAUAGAGGUUGGUGAUGGGGCUCUGGGCCCUCAAGGAGGCCAUCACACGAGGGUGCAGGCGGCCCAGGUCAUGGUCAGCCCCAUAGCAGGCACCUCGGGGAGCAGCCAGAACUGGUUGGUGAGUGGGGAUCCUGCAGUCACACUCUCCACCUGAGGGCACAAAGGGUGGGGCAGGCAUGUGAGAUCCUGGCUCCCCUCCCUCUUCUGCUCUUUCCCAUUCACUGACUCCGGGGUUGGGUGCCCUGUCCUUCCCUGGGGCUCGUGUCUUGGGGCCCAAUUCCCCUGUCUCAAGGAAAGGGCAGAAACCGCACCGUGAGGUCCGUCACCACCCCAAAUACUUUACCCCCCACCUUCCCCUCCAGCUGUGGAAACAGUUUCAGGACCACUGACAUAGAGGCUUCCACAAAGGAGUUUUUGAAGGUCUCAUAGUCACUGCCCCGCUUUCCCUUCAGCUCCGCCUGCCACUCCUCAAACCACUUGUAGGUGGUGGGUAUGAGCAUGAUCAUGGUGGACCGGCCUGGGGAUCAGAGCUGAUAUUACUACUGCCCGGCCCCUCCCUCCACCCCCUCACCCGGGACCUGCAGCCCCACCUGGGAAUCGGUCCUCCCAGGUCGGAUCCUUGGUUGACGGGAAAGCGAUGAAGAGAAGAGGGAUGUGUUCCGCAGACUCUUCCCUGGGCAUGCAGACAUAGCGCUCCAUCCUGCGUGUGACAAGAGUGUGGUGCUAUCUCCAGGCUUUUGUCCUCAAAACCCCAGAACCACUGCAAGGACUGCUCAUCCCUAGGGACUUCCCACAGGGGUGAGGCUGAGCCACAGCCUUGGCGUGACAAACUUCCAGGAGCAAAUUGGAAAUUGCCCACUUCCUCCCAUUCCGUAACUUCUGCUCGUUCUCUGAGUCAAGUAGGGAGGCACAGGACACACACACGCACGCGCGCGCGCGCCAUACACCUGGUCCAUGUCCGUGUCAUAGUAAACAUAGUAGUUGGUGGACGGCAGAUGCAGGUCUUCCUUGGUGCCUCGCAGGCAGAUGAAAACAGAGGUCAUGCCUAAGCCGGGCCGCACCGUCCCCAGCUGCUGCUUCACACCUGCCAAGGGGAGUGGUUGGUGCCUGUGUGGACCAUGGCCGGAGACAGCCACUCCCUGCUCCCAGGAGAGCCUCAGGGUGCCUGCUCACUGUGUCCUGAGCCUUAUCCUCAGUUGCCAGCUUUGUGCCCAAGCCACUUUUACAGCUGUUUCAACUUGAUGUUGGCAGGGGCCUGCUCUUCUGUGUCCUCCUGCCUGGGAAGGACACUACCCCAGGUUCCUAUUCUUCCACCUUCCCCGCCUCUGCUCCAAGCCCCUUCAGAGCCAGGUGAAGCCCAGUCCUGGUCCUCAGCCCCCAUGAGCUGGCUCAGCACCUGCAGGAAGGUCAGGCUUACUGCCUCCCAUCUUCCCCUUUGUGUCUUGAAGUGGGGAGCGCAUGACUGGGCUCCCCCCAUGAAGACCACACAUGAACAGCAGCUCAUUACCAGCCUGAUUUCAGGAUGAACUUCUAUGCAGCCACGGAGUGAGUGAACAUGCAUGAUUCCUAGUGUGACAUCAGAACACAGGGCCUCCAGAGGGAUGCCAUGCAUGUGAGCAAAGGCAGGCAGCCUGACUGGUACUUGGCAUCUCAGGACUCAGCUGGAGGGAGGAGGGAAGAACUGCACUAUGGCAGAGGCCACAGCCACUGUGGGGCAUCUGAUGUCCCCCAGACCUAAACAGCUGGGCUUCCCCACUCCUCAGCAGAUGACCCGAGACCGGUGUUCUGGAAACUGCCCCCACAGAUUCUUCUGCUGUCUUCCCUUUCCCGUGCCAGAGGGAUGCCUGGCUCCUCUGCUUUUUCCAUUUUUUAAAAAUUUAUUUAUUUUUAGAUGGAGUCUUGCUCCGUCGCCCAGGCUGGAGUGCAGAGUCCAGGCGAUCUCUGUUUACUGCAACCACCUCCCGUGCUGAAGUGAUUCUCCUGCCUCAGCCUCCCGAAUAGCUGGGAUUACAGGCAUGUACCAUCACACCCACUAAUGUUUGUAUUUUCAGUAGAGACGGGGUUUCACCACGUUGGCCAGGCUAUUUUCAAACUCCUGACCUCAAGUGAUCUGCCUGCCUCGUCCUCCCAAAGUGCUGGGAUUGAAGGCGUGAGUCACCGUGCCCGGCCUGCUUCGUUCAUGUAACUAAAUAUUUGUGAGUCCCUCAGGUUGUGUUCAGGAGGAAGAGACACAGGAAUAGGGAUGGAGGGCAAGAGGGACAGAUGGCUCUAGCUGGGCUGCCUGGGUGAGGUGCUGGGGCCUGGCCAGGACAGUGUCAGUUCCCAGAGGUCCUGGGACAGGGGAGAAUGGAGGUGUCAGGGUCACAGAGAGAAAGGCAGGAAGUAGCAAAGGCAGAGUCUGCCUGUGCACCAUGCCCGACCUCCCUGCUCUGCCCCUGGGCCGUCUCUACCUCACCCCCUCAGCUCCCCUGGUCUGAGAGAGGGGAGGCCAAGCAGGCUGCAGGCCCAGCCACGUGGGGCAGGGGAAGGAGAGGCUGGCAUUGGUGGAGCCACCCACUGCACUGCCAGUCAUACAAAGUCUAUCACACAGAAUUAUGUGCAGUAUUUUUUUUUUUUUUGAGACAGAGUCUUGAUCUUGUCUCUCAGGCUGGAUUGCAAUGGCACAAUCUCGGCUCACUGCAACCUCCACCUCCUGGCUUCAAGCGAUUCUCUGGCCUCAGCCUCCCAAGUAGCUGGGACUACAGGCGGCCGCCACCAUGCCCGGCUAAGUUUUGUAUUUUUAGUAGAGAGAAGGUUUCACCAUGUUGGCCAGGCUGGUCUUGAACUCCUGACCUCAGGUGAUCUGCCUGCCUCGGCCUCCCUGUGUGUUGGGAUUACAGGUGUGAGCCACCGCGCCUGGCCUAUAGUACUUUUUAAUGAAAGAAAUUACUAUGUUACUGGUUUAUGUAUUUGCUAUAUUUUUAUUGUUUUAAACAAAAAAGUUUAAGAAGUAAAAAAAAAAAAAAAAGUUUUUGUUUUUGUUUUGAGAGGGAGUCUCACAUUGCUGCCCAGGCUGGAGUGCAGUGGCAUGAUCUCAGCUCACUGCAACCUCUGCCUCCUGGGUUCAAGAGAUUCUCCUGCCUCAACCUCCCUAGUAGCUGGGAUUACAGGCGCCCGCCACCGUGUCCGGCUAAUUUUUAUAUUUUUAGUAGAGUUGGGGUUUCGAGGUCAUGGUCUCAAACUCUUGACCUCAAGUGAUCUGCCCACUUUGGCCUCCCAAAAUACUGAGAUUAGCAGGCAUAAGCCACUGCACCUAGCCCCAAAAAAGACUUUAAUUAGAAAAAAAGCUCAUAGAAUAAGGAUAUAAAGAAAAUAUUUUUGUGUAGCUGUACAAUGUAUUUGCGUUUUGAGCUAAGUGUUAUUACAAGAGUCAAAAAGUGUUUUAGUUGAUAAAGUAAAAAAGUUAAACUAAGGUUAAUUUAUUCUUGAAGAAAGAAUAAUAUUUCUUUAUAAACCUAGUGUUGCCUAAGUGUACAGCAUCAUGGUUACUCAUCACUCACUGACGCACCUAGAGCAGCUCCCAGUCCUGCAAGCUCCAUGCCUGGGAAAUGCCCUAUACAGCUAUGCCAUAUUUUAUCUUUUUUUUUUCCCAAGACAGAGUUUUGAUCUUGUUGCCCAGGCUGGAGUGCAACGGUGCGAUCUUGGCUCACUGCAACCUCUGCCUCCUGGGUUCAAGCAAUUCUCCUGCCUCAGCCUCCUGAGUAGCUGAGAUUACAGGCGCCCGCCACCACGCCCAGUUACUUUUUGUAUUUUUAGUAGAGACAGGGUUUCAUCAUGUUGGACAGGCUGGUCGCUAACUCCUGACCUCAGGUGAUCCACCCUGCUCGGCCUCCCAAAGUGCUGGGAUUACAGGCUUGAGCCACUGCACCCGGCCCAUCUUUUAUACCAGAUUUUACUGUACCUUUUCUAUGAUUUGUUUUUGUUUUUUUGAGAAAGAGUCUCACUCUGUCGCCCAGGGUGGAGUGCAGUGGUGCGCUUUCGGCUUACUGCAACCUCUGCCUCCCGGGUUCAAGUGAUUCUUGUGCCUUAGCCUCCUAAGUAGCUGGGAUUACAGGCAUGUGCCACACACCUGGCUAAUUUUUGUAUUUUUAGUAGAGAUGGGGUUUCAACGUGUUGGUCAGGCUGGUCUCGAGCUCCCCACCUGAGGUGAUCUGCCUGCCUUGGCCUCCCAAAGUGCUAGGAUUACAGGUGUGAGCCACCACGCCCAGCCACCUUUUCUAUGUUUAGAUACACACUCACCACUGUGUCACAGUCACCUAUAGUAUUCAGUACAGUAGCAUAUGCUGUACAGGCUUGUGGCCUAGGAGCAAUAGGCUAUACCAUAUAGCCUAGGUGUGUACACCAUUUAGGUUUUUCUAACUACACUCUAUGAUGUUUGCACAAUAAAAUUGCCCAACCACGCAUUUGUGAGAACCUUGUCUCAGUUGCUAAGCGAUGCAUGACUGUAUAUGAAAUGUCUAGAAUAGACAAGUUUGGAGACAGAAAGUAGAUUAGUUGUUGCCUAGGGCUGGGGGAGAUGGGCAAAAUGUGGAGUGAUUUUCAAAGGAUAUGGGGCUUCCUUUGGGGCUGACAAAAACUUUCUAAAAUUGACUAUGGUGAUAGGUGCACAACUCUGAACAUACAGCCAAUGAAUUGUCUACUUUUUUUUCUUUUCUGAGAUGAAGUUUUGCUCUGUUUCCCAGGCUAGAGUGCAAUAGCGCCGUCUCGGCUCACUGCAACCUCCACCUCUUGGGUUCAAGUGAUUCUCCUAUCUCAGCCUCCCGAGUAGCUGGGAUUACAGGUGCGCAUCAUCAUGCUUGGCUAAUUUUUGUAUUUUUAGUAGAGACGGGGUUUCGCCAUGUUGGCCAGGCUGGUCUCGAACUCCUGACCUCAGGUGAUCCACCCGCCUCGGCCUCCCAAAGCGCUAGGAUUACAGGUGUGAGCCAUCGCACCCAGCCUGAAUUGUAUACCUUUUUUGUUUGAGGCAGAGUCUUACUCUGUUGAGAAGGUUGGAAUGCAGUGGCACAAUCAUAAUUCACUGCAGUCUUGAACUCCUGGGCUCAAGUGAUCCUCCUGCCUCAGCCUCCUGAGUAGCUGGGACUACAGGCUUGUGUGCCACCAUCCCCAGCUAUUUUUUUUUUUUUUUUAAAGAGAUCAGGUCUUGCUAUGUUGCCCAGGCUAGUCCUGAACUCCUGGCCUCAAGUCAUCUUCCUGCCUCAGCCUCUCAAAGCAUUGGUAUUAUAGGCAAGAGCGGCUCUGCCCAGCUGAAAUGUAUACUUUAAAUGGGUGAAGUGUAACUUUAAAUGGCUGAAGUAUAUCUCCAUAAAGCUGUUACAAAAAAAUUAAUUGUGGUGCUAGAUACUAUGGGAAGUAUCCAAAAGAUGCUUCCUCACAUCUUGGCAAUUACAAGUCAAAUGGGUGAUAGAAGCAUAAGCUGAAUGUCAUUCCAGGAGGUAAAUGCAUUUAAAUCAACUGUGAAAAUGAUUACUCCCUUUGCAGCUCAGUCAUGGACACUGACUGGCCUAUGUACAUUUGAGACAUAGGAAGCUGGGCUCAGGUUCUCUAAGGGUGUCAGGCAUGCCUAACAUUCCCGUGGCAAGUGGCAAUCCUCCUUUGCAUAUCUGCGAAAGUCUAACGCAGGGUUUGGGAGUGAAACGGGGUUUGAUUCAACAAAAGCACUAAAGAAACACUCAGAAAAGGUCUUGCAACUGCAAUUUUAUUUUCUUUUGUGAAAAUAAACAACUGGGAGUUUAAAUUGCUCCAAAAACCAUAAAAACAAAAAGAAAUACACACAGAAGCAUGUGAGGUGAUGGGGAAGGGAACAGGGUCUCUAGAACUUUGGCAGAUUGUGCUGGCACGGACCCAGGUGACAGGAGCCAGACCAUGGGGGCCGGUCCCACUUGCCACUCUGGGACUGUGAGGGGAAUGAUCGCCACUGGCAAGGAUGGGGAGGAACACAGACUUCUUCGCUGAGUAAGUGGCAGGCACCUUGAGUCCCUUUAAAUGUAGGGCUUGGGAGGAAACCAUUUCAGAGGACCGCUUUCUCCACUGAAAGCUGGGGCUGGCGAGUUCGGGCCCACUGAGGGAGGGGACGCUGGUGGCAGCAAAUCAGGCCAAGAUGUCUUCUCACAUGGUGACCGCCUCACACUGGGCAGAGGACAGAGGACGAAGAAGAACCCACGGUAUUGAGCAGACGAUGAAAACUUGGGCUGGGUAACAGGAAAUGUCACAAUGGCAGAGCUGCAGAUGGAGUGGGGGAAGCUGGGGCAGGCGGCAGGGGCGAGAGGAGACAGGAGACAGAAAGUGCAAGAGAGGUAGAGAGAGAUGCACCCUCUGCCCAGGUCCAUCCACCACAGCACCUACAGGACGAACAGCACGCUACUUUUCAGUUCUCUUUCUUAUAAAGAUUUUUUUUUGUUGUUUUGUUUUGUUUUUUAAAAAAGCCUUAAGAUCAGCUACUGGUUACAUCUACAAACUGUAAAGUGCUGUUGUUACCAGCCACUUUACAGAACAGUCCAGAGUGGUCAAAUAUUGACCAAUAAAGUCUCCUUUUUCUUUUUCUUCUGAA